AUGGAGGCGGCUCUAGUGGACUUUGAGAGUCUGGACGACAUAGACAGAAGUCUGGAAGAUGAGCUGGGUAACCCAGACAACCCGGACGAGACCACAACCCUGACGGUCGACAUGCUCCACGAAAACUGCUCCAUCCACGGCUCCCACCACCUCCUUUCCCCUCAGCCCAACCUCACAUCCACUCCCCAGCACCACUACCUCUCCGAACACUCCUCCCACAGGAGGAAUACCUCCCCCUGCCCGUACCCCUCCCCCAAUACUCUGGAUGUUCUCCAAUCACCCGCCAUGCCACCCCACAGCAGGAGGGGGCGUCCUAGCUGUGCCAGCAUGAUCUCCAACUGGAAGUUGCUGCUGAGUAGCGAGACCCAUAUGCAGAGCGAGACCAUCUUCAGCCGGCUGGCUAAGGAGUGCUGCGAGGAUGUGUUCGUGGACAAGACAGGUCUAGACGACGGAGACCAGAAGGUCAUCAUCAACAUCGCCGGGCUACGCUUCGAGACACAGCUCAAAACCCUUGACCAGUUCCCCGAGACCCUUCUGGGAGACCCUAUGAAGAGGAUGGACUACUUUGACCCCAUGAGGAAUGAGUAUUUCUUCGACAGGAACCGGCCCAGCUUCGAUGGCAUCCUGUACUACUACCAGUCAGGAGGGAAGAUCCGUCGGCCGGCCAACGUUCCACUGGAUGUGUUUGCUGAUGAGAUCGUCUUCUAUGAGCUGGGGAGCGACGCCAUGGAGCAGUUCAGAGAGGACGAGGGCUUCAUCAAGGAAGUGGAGAUCCCUCUCCCGACCAACGAGAUAUACCGGCAGUUUUGGCUGCUGUUUGAGUACCCCGAGAGUUCCAACGCGGCACGCGGCGUGGCGCUGGUCUCCGUGUUUGUCAUCGUUAUCUCCAUCAUCAUCUUCUGUAUGGAGACGCUGCCGGAGUUCAGGGAUAACACCCUAGACCCCGUCCUACCCACCACCGUCACGCAUCUGAUGCCUUUCAAUGGGAACCAAUCGCUGGGCGGCCUCGGGACCUUGUUCCUGCCCUCGCCCUCGGCCACACCCAAAACCAUCACCUCCACGUUCUCCGACCCGUUCUUCAUCAUCGAGACGGCCUGCAUCGUCUGGUUCUUCUUUGAGCUGGUUGUGCGCUUCGUGGUCUGUCCCUCCAAAAGCAACUUCUUCCACAACCUCAUGAACAUCAUCGACAUUGUCUCCAUCAUCCCGUACUUCGUCACCUUGGUAACGGAGCUGGUCACCACCCCGGACCAGAACUCCAGCCAGAACAUGUCCCUGGCCAUCCUUCGUAUCAUCCGCCUGGUCAGGGUGUUCAGGAUCUUCAAGCUGUCCAGACACUCCAAGGGGCUCCAGAUCCUGGGCCAGACCCUGAAGGCCAGCAUGCGGGAGCUGGGCCUGCUCAUCUUCUUCCUCUUCAUCGGAGUCAUCCUCUUCUCCAGUGCCAUCUACUUUGCUGAAGUGGACGAGCCCAGCACACAGUUCGUCAGCAUCCCUGACGGCUUCUGGUGGGCCGUGGUCACCAUGACUACGGUGGGCUAUGGGGACAUGUGCCCGAUCACCGUGGGCGGUAAGAUGGUGGGGACGCUGUGCGCCAUUGCUGGCGUGCUGACCAUCGCCCUACCCGUCCCCGUCAUCGUGUCCAACUUCAACUACUUCUACCACCGGGAGACGGAGGCAGAGGACAAGCAGCCGAUGGCUGACGCAGCAGACCUGGCCAUGAAGGCCUCAGGAGAGAGUAAACAUGGGAGUAGCACCUCUCUGAACAAGACCAACGGGACCUGGCAGGGUGACAAGUUCACUGGCCUCUGAGAUUUACAGGUCCACUGUAGAAGAGACAAUGUGUGACAGAGAGACACAGAUAGACUGACCUGUCCACUGACUGGGGCAGAUAGAUAUAGACUGACUUGUCCACUGACUGGGGCAGAUAGAUUUGGACUGACCUGUCCACUGUGAGGACAGAGAGAUAUAGACUUACCUGUCCAUUGUCUGGGGCAGAGAGUUAUAUUCUGACCUGCCCACUGUCUGGGGCAGAUAGAUAUAGACUGACCUGUCCACAGUCUGGGGCAGAGAGUUAUAUUCUGACCUGCCCACUGUCUGGGGCAGAUAGAUAUAGACUGACCUGUCCACAGUCUGGGGCAGAGAGUUAUAUUCUGACCUGCCCACUGUCUGGGGUAGAUAGAUAUAGACUGACCUGUCCACGGUCUGGGGCAGAGAGCUAUAUUCUGACCUGCCCACUAUGGAAGAUUGAGACAGAGAAAGGUAGAGGGACAUUGUGAGCUGUGAGACACACACAACUAAUUCUCUCCUGUCCUCUGGGAGACAGACAUAAAGUCACCCCUGUGGGAAGACACAGCU